AGCCCAGAGCCGCUCCACAAGUCCAGAGAGACGUCGUGGCCUUCGUUGAAGCCUUUCGCGCCAAUCAAUCGAGUCCGUCAGCACCGCCCAACGCGUUGACACUCGACGUGGUGGUGCGCGCCAUCUGCAGUCAUUUCCGUACGUUUAGACAGUGCCUUUAUGCUGUUAUUACGCUCUAAAAUUCGUUGCAAUGUAGAUGUCAAUGCGUUCGAGGAGCUCAUGGGCACAAACGCGCUGCAACUUCCAGCACUAAGACAGCUGCACACCGUGAACCAACGCGUGUGGACGUUCGUGACCUGUUUCAUGCAGAGUCGACGCAUCAACACGCUGUUUGAGUGCCACCAGGCCUUCCUACAGCACGAAGGACUGCGUUCCUUCAACGAACUCAAGCUGGGCAACUCUUUUCUGCAUACGGAGGCCGUACAGCACUUGUAUCACUCGCCUAGAGCCGUACUGACCGUCACAACGAGAGACGUGCUGACUACUUUACGGCAAUUCGAGGAAAUGUUGGGCCACGACGCGUUCCGAGCGUCGUCCCACAUCGAUCUGAACGAGUUCUUGCAGUUUCUAGCUCAGCAGUUCAGACAGCCCAACGCACAGGCCAUGGGCGUCGCUAUCGACCCCAAUGGCUUCGGAGUUUACGUGGGAAUGCUGCGUCGAGUGGCCAACUACGAGAUGAAGGAGAUAAAGACGCUGGAGCAGCAGUUCCAACGCGAAGUUGCGGAGAAAAUGUUCCGUCUUACAAAGGAGAAAUUCAGUGAUGAUAAUCGGAAGCAGGCGCUGCAAGAACUACUGGAACAGACGGGUGCACGGCAGGAGAAUGAGGGUCCUCACAGACGUGGAGGCAAGAAGAGCAUGCAGUCGCUGUCGCUGGAUAUGCUGAAGCGCGUCACGGAUGUGGAUGUGUAUUUGGACAAUGUAUUGAGACGGAAGGCUGCUGCAGACGCGAAGAAUCAACAAAAAUUCCGUAAACCGAUUUCUUCUCAAGAGAUUGCAGAGACGGAUUCCAAGCUGCGGAACCAGUUGACGCGGUUUUUAAUGUCGUCGCAGAAGAGCAAACACCACUCGAGACUGAAAGUCGUGACGUGGGUGAUCUGUAGUAUUAUGGCCAAGACGUACGCGUUGCUACUGAGUGAUGACAAGCUACCUGAUGAGGACGUUGAUGUAGAGAAGGAAAAGGCUGAAAGCGACAAGGAAGAGUGCGAUUGCUGCUGCGUGGGCAAGGACUCGUGCACUUGUUCGUGCACUUGCAAGUGUCACGUUGAGAGUGAUGAAGAAGACGAAGAAAUGGAUAAAGCUGAACCAGAUGAGGAGACCAAGACGCCGGACGAGUUCCCUGUCAUGCCGAGUGAUCCAUUCGCCACCAGGUUCGCAAAACUCAACAAAGAAGUGGACGUGACGCUAGAAGACGUGAAGAAGGAAGUCGAGAACUUUUUACAGACGCAGUCUAGUGACAGUCAGCCACAGACUGCGAAGGAUGUGCUGUGGACUCUGUCGUCACUUGAAAAGCACUUGAUCAGCAAGUUUACGGCGAAGAGUAAUGCUAUCUCAUGGGCUGGACGACGGUCCGUACUCGAGCUGUUACCAGAGCUUUUGGACGACUCUGAUGACGAUGAAGCUAGUGCUGGCAAGUGGCUACUAAACCUUCUUCAGUCUUCGGAAACGAGUGGGAAUUGCGUUGAAUCAUCGCACAGUAUGAGCGAGAAACUUGACGACGUGCUGCCGUUUAUUCGACAGUGCCGCGCUACGAUCUCUUCGUCAUCGAGUUUGUCUUCACUUUCCAGUGACAAGCAGCAGCAGUGGAUAGCACGCCGACUUGCAGUAGAGCUUGGACGUGUUUAUGAAGACAGCGGACUGCCCAGUGUCGAAGAGAUGCUCAAGGUAGCGGACAAUGGAGAAGAGGCUUCAGUGGUCAAGUACGCCGGCAGUCUGGACCUGAAUCGUGACGAUAGCAGCAUUGAAGAUACAGGUGAGUCAGUGCAAAAGGCCUUGACGGAGCAAGCGCUUGAAAAACUGCGCAAAUGUCCGUUCUUGGUUGAUGUAUCGUUGUAUAUGGAUUGGCAAGAGCG